AUGAAUUGGGAAAUUUGUUGUCUUUGUCAAACGGACACUACUCAAGAAACCUUGCAAACUCCAAAAGAGGAUGGACUUGUAUCACUCGAGAGAGAUCUUAAAGACUUCCAUGAUAUUAAUGCCAAUUCUCUUCCAUCUGGUAUUAAUGUCACAAUCAGUCAGUUGAACGAUGGCUCGGGUAUUGCAGCAACUCUCAAAUCGCAUAAGGCUAGGUAUCACAAAUCUUGCAGAAGACAUUGCAGUAGUGCUCGUGUCAAACGGGCAAGAGAGAAGCAAAAAAAAGAUAUCAGCGAUCUGAAUAGUCCCAAACGGCUCAGGUCAUCUGGGCAAUUUCGCUUGGUGAUCAACGACAUAUUUUGUGUCAUUUGUGAAGGAGAAGAUCAGGCUAACCUCGACAAUGUGGUAACCGAUGUUGUAGAUGCUAAUCUAAAAAGUUGGGCGAAGACGAACAAAAACUUUUCUUUACUUGGCAGACUAGUUGCAAAUGUAGCUGAUGCACACGCGGCUGGUACAUAUUAUCAUCAUAAGUGUUAUGUACGUUUGCGUGACUCUGAUCGUGCGACCGAGCGGAGAGAAUUGACGGGUCCUGUACCUCCGCCCUUCGAUCCCAUCAUCUGCGCUCAAAUUGUAGCAAUGAUCGAACAUUCGGACUCUACUUCAUUCAAGCUCUCCGAGCUACGUGAGAUGUAUGAAAAGCUAAUGAGUGAUAAAGGACGCCCAUUGCAAGAUAAAAGGGAACCACAUUCGACACGAUUCAAGGAUCACCUUCUCGAUCUCCUACCUGAAUGGGAUGAGUUCUCGAAGGGGGACGAAGGCAGGAAGGAUGUUUUCUUAUCUCACAAAUUUAAAGUGGUUGAAGAGCUGGCUAAAACGUAUAAGUCUCAAAUUGGUCAAGAAGACGCACUUAUCUUCAUGCGGGCUGCCGUGAUGAUGCACGAGCUUUGUCUUCAGAAUCAAAAGCCUUUCGAUGGCUCGUUUCCCCCUAACUGUCUCACGGCUUGCGUCAAUGAGGAGAUGCGAAGUUUCUUAAACGUAGUACUCCGAGGUCCAUCAUCUAUUCGAGGAAGUUCAAAGACCAGUGGCGACGUCAAUCUGAAAACAAGGGAGAAGAUCGUGUGCAACAUCUCACAACUGCUCAUUUAUAAUUUUACUAAGCGCACGCACCAUCCAGUCAAGACGGAGGCAGUACGGCACAACAAGGAGCGAGAAACCCCCUUUCCCCUGUAUCAUGGUCUCAAGCUACACGGAAAUGCACGCAGUAAAAAACAGAUAGAGAUUGAUCAUGAACAGGGCGUCUCGGUAUCGUACAAUCGCAUCAUGGAAGUGAAGAGAAGUGUUGCACGUGUGGUGUGUGCUCGCCAUACUCAAGAUGGGGUGGUACUACCUACCAACAGCCGUCUCAAUGUCUUCGCCACCCACGACGUGGAUAAUAUCGAUAGCAAAGCUAAGGGAAACUUCUCACAGGACGAGUUUCACGGAUAUGCCCUGAGCGUGACCAACCAUCUCUCACACAAUAAUCCUGGAGUGAAGCGGCCUCCCAUCAAGCUUGACCCCUCCGACAAGUCGACUCCCAAGCUACCAGACUCUUACAUGAUCCAGCCACCCGUUGAACUUGCUCAGCCUAACCAACCGACUUGA